CAAACCUGCAUUCUCCUCACAUUGGGCAGUGACAGAGAGGAAAACCUGAAGGAGGCAGUAAUUCAGCCAACUACUAUAAAACAUAAAAGAAUAAGAAGAAAAGGAGCCCAGUCUUUUGUCAUUUAAAACUAUGUCGUCCCCUGAGAGUACUGACCUGGGCCGGGCGCUCUGUAUUAUCACCGGGGCUUCCAGAGGCUUUGGUCGGACUAUAGCAAGGGAGAUUUCUCGGUUGGUGAAGCCCGGGUCAGCGCUCGUCCUGACGGCCCGCUCCGGUGAUGACCUGCGGGCUUUGCGGGCUGAGCUGGCCGAGUCGGAGGCAGGCAAAGCGGGUCUGGUGGUUGAUUGUGUUGUGGCAGAUCUGGGUCAGACUGAGGGACUGGAGAGCAUCGUCAGGGCAUCUAAGGAUGCUUUUUCUGACGAUAUAGAUCACGUUGUACUGGUCAACAAUGGUGCUUCUCUGGGUGACGUGUCCCGCUACGCCAAAAGCUUCACCAACAUGGCCGAGGUGGACUCCUACUUGUCCCUCAACGUCAGCUCCUCCCUGUGCCUCACCGCCGGCGUCCUGCAGGCUUGUCCACAGCGUCCAGGCCUGCGGCGCACCGUGGUCAACAUCAGCUCCCUGUGCGCUCUGCAACCUUACCGCUCCUGGGUGCUGUACUGCACAGGCAAGGCUGCCCGAGACAUGAUGUUCAGGGUGCUGGCGGAAGAGGAGCCGGACCUUCGUGUGCUAAACUACGCUCCAGGGCCUCUGGACACAGCCAUGCUGACGGAGGCCAAAUCCAGAACAGCAGAUCCGAGCACCAGGACCUCUAUUUCAGGCUUGUUCGCCCAGGGCCAGGUGCUCACCUGUGAGGCCUCUUGUGCCAAGCUGAUGAAGCUGCUGCUGGAAGACAACUACACAUCAGGAGCUCACAUCGACAUCUAUGACGUAGACACAGCUUGAGUACGUACAGCUAGAGCUGCAACUAGGGAUUAUUUUAGUAUUAAUCUGUUGAAAUCUAAUUUUUUUGAUUUCUUGAUGAAUCAAUUAGUUGUCAGAAAAGCAUGACAAACGUCAUCAUCCCGAGAUGACAUCCUCAAAUGUUUUGUUUUCUCUAAACAACUCAAGCUCAAACUCAAGGAUAUUCAGUUUCCUUUUACAGAAGAGUUAAGAAACUAGAAUAUAUUCACAAUUAAGAAGCUGGAACCCACAAAAUAGUUGGGGUUUUAUAUUUAUUUAAUAGUCAAUAGUUUAAUCGAGUAAUCUUUGCUGCUCUACUUACUGUCAUUUAGCAUCGGGCCAAAUUAUUUCUGUGUAUGUGUGCCUUGAUUUGAAUUAAAACAUUUAUACCUUAUCUUACCUCAUACUUACCCCUUAUGACUCAAGUUGCACUGUCAAUCUUAAGGCUGUAGCCGUCUAUUGUUGCAUGACCUAUCAACUGAUAUUCAUUAAAUUUACAUUCAAGACAUUCCAGAACAGAAGUUCACUCACGCCAUGGCCAGUGAAGCUGCAGUCAGCAGAGAUUUGAACAAUUAAAAGUCUAAAACUAUCAAUUCAUGCGCAUAGGGGCAAUAAAGUGGGAUGGUACAUGGUGGUGAUUAACAAGAUGGCCCGGGUUUGGACCAAUGACCUGUCAGUAACCCAAUCCAAGUAUCACAAUAUUAAAGUAAUGUAACUUAAUUACAUUCUGUUAUUUUGGAUUACCAUAACACCAAAUAUGAGCAUUAUCUGCACUGUACUAUGAUGAUCGCCUUUUCUGCUUCAAAUAAGUCAUGGUUUUAAUAAUUUAAUAUUUAAUAAUAAUAAUCUCUAUUUUUACCAGAUGUGUCCGGAAUACGUGUGUGUGUGUGUGUGUGUGUGUGUGUGUGUGUGUGUAUGUGUGUGUGUGUGUGUGUGUGUGUGUGUGUGUGUGUGUGUGUGUGUGUCACAGAGGCAGUAUGGAGUACUUUGCCAGGUGUUAUAUAUAGCCUUAUAUAUACAGUAUAAAUAGCCUAAGUGCUUUUAUGAAAUACCACAUCUGUACAACAGUUACUCUAAUUUAAGUUUAAAAAAAAAUACAUGUGCUAUAGAAAUAAAGAUUGAUUGGUUCAUAUCCUGAAAAGUUCGAUUAGUAAACGGUGAUUAUUGCUGCUGUAAUGCUGAGCAAGAAACCUU